UGGAGGACGUGCUGUAGUUGCUGUGGAGAGGUUUAGAAAAGCUGAGAUAGCCAUUUAUCACUUUUAUUUCUUAAAAAUGGAAGAAAUUUUACCCGGCCCUCAGCACUACUUUGCCUACCGGUCAGGAGCAAAAGAGGGUCGUCUCUUCAUUAUGGAAGUUACUUAAAAAUUUUAUGACAGCCUGAACAGGGAUUUUCUGUUAAUGAAGAGGGGCUCUAAUUAAGCUGUGGCUGGAUGAGAUGCAGACGGAGGGGGAGCGUUCUACACUUGCUGUCCCCUCUGCUGUCGGGAGCCGGUCUUUACUGCCAUCCACUCCAUACCAGCUUGCCACAGCACGCCUAUUUAUGAAUAACAGAGUUCCACCCAACAAAAGAUAUCAACCAACAGAGUACGAACAUGCAGCCAACUGCGCCACACAUGCGCUCUGGAUAAUACCCAGCAUCAUCGGCAGCUCCCUCCUGCACUUCCUGUCUGAUGACCAAUGGGAGACGAUCUCCGCCUGGAUCUAUGGCUUCGGGUUGUCCGGCCUUUUCAUCGUGUCUACGGUGUUCCAUACAAUCUCCUGGAAAAAGAGUCAUCUCCGGACAGUCGAGCACUGUUUCCACAUGUGCGACAGGAUGGUGAUCUACUUUUUCAUUGCAGCCUCCUACGCCCCCUGGCUGAACCUGAGGGAGCUGGGGCCGUGGGCCUGCCACAUGAGGUGGAUCAUCUGGAUCAUGGCGAGCGUGGGCACUGCGUACGUGUUCUUCUUCCACGAGAGGUACAAGAUUGUUGAGCUUAUAUGCUACACAGUCAUGGGUGUCUUUCCUGCAUUAGUGAUCCUCUCAAUGGCGGACAGAGAUGGCCUAUUUGAGCUGAUUGUGGGUGGCAUGUUCUACUGCCUGGGCAUGUUGUUCUUCAAGAGCGACGGCCUCAUCCCGUUUGCCCAUGCCAUCUGGCACCUCUUUGUGGCCAUAGGAGCCGGCAUCCAUUACUAUGCUAUCUGGAGGUAUCUCUACACAACGGGGACCAGUGAGAUGAAGACGUCCAGAUGACACACAAGGACCACAUGACCCUGACUAUAGCCCCUCUCUGAGCCCCUCAAACACCAGGCUGAGAGAGAGAAAGAGAGAAGGGUCUCUUGAGAAGUGUCUCCAACUGGUCUCGUUACACCCAUUCAUUCAUUUUUCUUCUCAUGAUGAUGUCAUGUCUGCUUGCAGAAUGUCGCUGAACAGUUUCAGUCAGUAUUGGGCAUACAGCAGGCUGAAACAAUAUUUCAAAACAGAAAAGAAAUGAGGUUGCCUUGCAUAUUGAUGUUUUGAUCUAUUAUUCAGCAAAGGUGGUGUCCAUCAUAUUUCAAUCUUCCUUUUUGAUAUUAAAGGGUUUACCUUGGAGCAUUGAAAAACAAGUUAGAGGUUACUAAAGCAUUUCCAAGAGCAGAAAUAGUGUUCUACUUGUGAUGCUCUCUAUAGUCUGCAGUGUUUACAACUAAGAUUUAUGCAAGACAAACCGAGUCUUGCAAAGUAUCAUUGUGUUUAUUUUAAUUUGUGAUUCUGUUGAAUCCUAGGUGCCACUUAAUGUAAAGGGGAAUUACAUCCAAAAUCUUUCAGAUAACAUGUAGAAUCACUUAAGAUUUGUUACUCAUUCCAGUUAGGGGGAAACUGGUAAUUGUGAAUUUUCUGACAUCAGUAUUUUGUGGGCACAGAUUUCAAGUUUCGGCCUUGCCUCGCUAAAAGAUGGAUUAUUUUGGUAGUCUGGGCUCGAAUUCCAAAAGGAUUUAUUGUACUGUAGACCAAAAGGCUGUGACAUGAUCAGAAUGCAGUAAUGUAUAGUUGGUAUCUGGGUGAAGUAUACAAAGUAGCACAUCCGCUAAUGUGAGGUCUUUUGGUUUUGUUGGAGUUCCCCCUUAUGACUACAUAUGUUCAAUGCGGAUUGAAGAUUGAAGAAGCUGAAAGAUUUUAAUUUAACAGCGCUGAAUCACCUAACAUCUUCUGAACGUCUGCUUGAAACGUGAAAUCCUCUUUUGUUUAUUAAUGAACAACAAUUGGAUGCGAUCUGUGUUUUUGAAAUUCAAAAAGUAUUCAUGUCAGAAGUAUUUUUUCUUUUUUUGUUUGAAAAUUAUUCGAGUACAUGAACCCACAAAUGUCAGUUACAGACGUGCCGUGUACUGUUCCUUUUUGGGUUUUUUUCCCAGAUAAUGUUUUGCUCUGUCACUUGGUUUCUGAAUGUGUACAUGCAAACAUGAACCUGACAAACCUCAGCAAAACACAGAGCUGCUCAGAUAUCCACCGUAGUGUCUGUUCUACAGUGUAACACUCUGAAGUAACAGAUGAGUAUUGUCUUUUUGUCAGGUGUGUCAGCACAUCAAAGAGGUAUAUCAAAGGGACUUUAACCUUAAAGAGUAGCAUGCAUUGUACACUCUCAGCUGUGUGCAAAGUGAUAGUAACACACUGAGGUAAAAGGAUUGACACUUCUUUGUUUGUUCAUUUUAAACUACAAGUGUGAGUUGAACUGCAUUGGGUAUGAUAUGGCCAAGAACCCAAGAACUAUAUGUUGUAGGGAGCCUAUUGUGACAGUGAUGAAAAAUCCUUUGAAAACUUGAAAUCAUUCCAAGGCCCUAUUAGGCCUGCAGGCACUGGAGCUCAUGCUAGCCACUAACAGUACUGUAUACAUUCCUGUAAGUCUGGGUGCUCUGUUCUCUCCUUCGGCUUACAUUUUUGGUCUUAGCUACAAAAACAUCUAUAUGCUUAUAAGCACCAUGUAAGUUCAUUUUGCUUAGUUUCUGCAUUUAAAGUAUUAUUUCUGUUAUGGCUAUGGUAGAAUAAGACCUUGUUCAGACAGUUAACUGAAAGUGGACCUUUUCUAGGUAUUGUGGUCAUGAAUAGCCUGUACACUAUGGUGGGUUUCUAAUUUCCCUCCAGAAAUGAACAUGUUCCAUGUUCAUUGAAGUGCCCAUCUUGUAUGUUCACAGUGCUCACUCUGAAAUGAUGUACUGCAUGUCACUUACUUGUCAUUUUCUAAUGUCUGUGGUGCAGCACGCACAUUGAAUCAACAUUCAAUUGUUUUUGUUUUCUGUUUUGUGUACUAAUCGUUUCAUUAAUUUGCUUACUCGCUGCAUGACAAUGUCUUCAUUGGAUUGAUCUCACAGGGUUCAAAUAAUUCAUGACAGAAGGUCCUCAACAGGAUAGUGGUAUAGAUAAGUCAGAUCUUCUGAAUACUUCCAUUAACUGAACAAUACACUGCCAAGCUUCAAAAAGAGAAGCUACAUUUACAUUCACAAUGAUCGAAAGAAAGCAGAAAUAUAUGAAUGUAAAAACUGAGUUUUUAAUUUUUAAAUUCCAAUGAGUUCUUUCAGCAACCCUGAUGAAAACAUCCCAUACCUCCUUAGCCACAGAAAUGGCAUUGCACAGUACACUUCAUGUGAUCUGGAAAUGUCAAAAUGAAAAUGGUGUGGAGUUAGACCUUUCUUAAAUUUUCCUUUGAAAUUGGUGGUCUCACACGAAUGGCUUCACUGUGUAACAUUUUGGCUGCAUUCCAUUGUUUUCUCACAUGACUAGAAUAGUAUUACUGUCUCAUUAAGAAUGCAGAGGAAAUUCCACAAUGUAUUUAUACUGAUUCAUAACAGAGCAUAAUUUAUGUUUAACAGUUCUAGACUGCUUUUCUAAUGUAAGGCUGAUUUUUACUAAAUGUUCACCAACUAUUUGAACUCAUCUGUCAAUUUAAGGAUGCUUAAGAAACAGCACUGCUUUAGUUCUUUGAUUUCAGUAGUAUGUUUACCUAGUGAAGGGGUUUCUAGUGCAGUAUAAAAUGAUACUGUAAGUUCUAGAAUGCAUCAAACUAUGAAGUUGAACCAGCCUUAGGAGUUCAUUGUUUGAAUAGAAUUGCACUGAAAGUUAAGAGCUUUCCUCUUUAUUAAGAGGAAACAAAAUUAAGUCUUACACAGAAUGUUACUCAAAGCAUUUCAAUCAAACGUACAUUUUAUCAGUUUAUGACCAACAUGCCUACAUCUAAUGCUGUAACAGAAAUGAACCAUGGGAAGUUCCUUCUCCUAGCAAAACAGAACACUCAUUGAAAAAUAAAAUUCCAGACUGAUUCCUUGUCGUCAUGAGAGGGACAAUGAAUGGGAAAGCAAUGGCAAUUUCCUCUUUUCCUUAUCUGUUUAUGUUACAUCAUAAAUUUAAUUAUUUAUGAAUUGUUCUACAUUCCCUUUUGAAAAGGAAACCAAGAUGUUAAUGUAUUAUUGCAUUUUUACAUUCAUAAUUAGGCACCCAUCCUUCUUUCAGGUUGAUUUUAAUAUGUAAGUAUUUCCAACUUUUCAAGAGCACCACAGGGUGUAUUAAAAUUUCCAAAACCAUGAGCAAUGAGCAAAUAUACAUGAAAUAUGGCCAUUUUAAUAAAAUUCUAACCACUUGCAAGAUGAAAACUUUCAAAGUCAGUCUUAUUACAAAAAUGGUGCAAUCUUAGA